AUGGUCACAGUAACUGAUUUAAUUUAGUUGCCUUAGAACACGCUUAAAUCAAGUCACAAAAUGCGCCUAAAUCUCCUUUUUUCCAUAAUAGUCGUUGGCUUUGUUUUCACUUUUGAAUCAACUUGUGCGAGUCGGCUGUCGGUGAGCGGUAACAAACUCAUAUUUAACGGUAAAACCGUUUUCUUGUCAGGAGUAAAUUUUGCCUGGAACUCUUAUGGUUACGACUUCGGAAACGGCCAGUAUGCAUCCAAUUCUAAAACCACUUUUGAACAAUGGUUGAAAGAAGUUGCAACCUACGGAGGAAACAGCGUGCGUGUUUGGCUUCAUGUGGAAGGCGAUAACACACCAUCCUACGAUGCCAAUGGUUACAUCACAGCACCGGACAGAACUGGAACGCUCAUACCGGAUAUGAAAUUAUUCCUAGACACCGCAAAAGCUAAUAAUAUUUUAGUCAUCUUUGUUUUGUGGAAUGGUGCUCUGCUUAGGAAUCAAAACACAGUUAAUCUCUUUUGGGAUAACUCCAAGUUGCAAACUUACAUUGACAAGGCUUUGACGCCUAUGGUAAAAGCGCUUGCCGGACACCCAGCAUUGGGCGCAUGGGAAAUCAUGAAUGAGCCGGAAGGGCUGGUAUAUAACAACAAGCCGGACGCUAAUAGCUGUUUCAGUACUGUACCGAUUGCAAACUCAGGAGCUGGUUGGGAUGGAAAAUGGAUCCCAAUGAAACAGAUCCAGGCUUUCAUCAACUGGCAAGCGGCUGCCAUCAAGGUAGCAGAUCCAGGAGCUUUGGUUACCGUUGGUGCAUGGUCACAAUACAGCCAAACUGACGCGUUCAGCGAUACAAGAAAUUACUUUUCGGAUGCUUGCCUGUUUGCAGCUGGGGGCAAAUCGUUAGGCAAACUUGAUUUUUACCAAAUUCACACUUAUGCCACUUUCGGUGCAUCUGCGCCAUUCAAGAUCUUGGCUUCAAAUUACGGUUUGACUAAGCCACUGGUAAUUGGUGAAUUUUCUUCGUCGUGUUCUGGAGGCAUGACCAUUCAGCAAAUGUACAAUUAUGCUUACGCUAACGGAUAUCAGGGAGCCUGGAGUUGGCAUUAUGCCGGCGGGUAUUGUUCCGAUUCAAGAGCCACACUAGAUUUGGGAAUGCAGCAGCUGAAAGGAAAAAAUACGACAUCAGGACUAGUAAAUUUUCCGGUCAUUUAAGAACUUUUGUUCUUUUAAUGUGCAUUUCGCAUGUGCAUAUGGCGCAUUGCGUAAACACUUGGUGGUUGGGUUUUGACGGUAUCAAAAUGCAUAUUAUAUGG